AUGAACCGAUCAACAAGAGCGUUUUGGGAUGUUGGUCCUAUGCAGGGACUAAGCGCACCGACAGACACCUAUCACCAUCACUCUCAUCUCGGACAUCUCUCACCAUCACUCUCAUCUCGGACAUCUCUCACCAUCAAUGCAACAUCAGACAUCUCUCACCAUCAAUGCAACACCAGACAUCUCUCACCAUCAAUGCAACAUCAGACAUCUCUCACCAUCAAUGCAACACCAGACAUCUCUCACCACCAAUGCAACACCAGACACCUCUCACCAUCAAUGCAACACCAGACAUCUCUCACAAUCAAUGCAACACCAGACACCUCUCACCAUCAAUGCAACACCAGACACCUCUCACCAUCAGUGCAACACCAGACACCUCUCACCAUCAAUGCAACACAGACACCUCUCACCACCAAUGCAACACCAGACACCUCUCACCAUCAAUGCAACACCAGACACUUUCACCAUCAUGCAAACCAGACACCUCUUACCAAUGCAACACCAACACCUUACAUCAAUGCAAACCAUGACACUUUCACCAUCAAUGCAACACCAACACUCUCACCAUCAAUGCAACACAACACCUUUACAUCAGUGCAACACCAGAAUCUACAUAAUAACCAGACACCUUUCAUAUAUGCAACAUAA